CCGUUGCGCUACGGCAUUCGCUGUUGAGCCAAUAGUAGUUUACGCUGCCCGCACAACAAACAAGCAUGGCGGAUAGCGGCGAAUACAGCAUGGCUCAUGUUGAUACUUCUGAAAACGCCCCCGAAAUUGAGAUUGUGCAAGCCCCUGCAGCAUUCAAGUCCGAAGUAUGGAAGCAUUUCGGCUUCGCUAUGUCAACAAACGCUAAAGGACAGAGGGUGGCGGACAAACAAUGGACCAUAUGCAAUCACUGCCACGCUACAGUGCGUUAUAACACGGGAAACACAAGCAACAUGCGGAGUCACCUGACGACCCAUCACCCCUACAAGUUUACAGAUUUGCUCACAAAGAAGGUCACGUCCGGUCAAAAAACGUUACAGGAGGCAUUUUCACCAGUUUUGCCACACAACAGCGUAAGGGCUCAGGAAAUCACGAGGUACAUCGCGGAAUACAUAGCUUGUGAUUUACGUCCUUUUUCUGCAGUAGAUGGUAAAGGAUUUAAAAGGUUAGUGGCCAACCUUGAGCCGAGGUACAAGAUGCCAUCGCGGGCUCAUUUUAGUCAAAGUGUGUUUCCUGCUCUUUACCGUAAGACAAAAGAAGAAGUUAUGCUGAACCUUAAACAGUCUGAGUGCGUCGCUAUUACCACUGACGGAUGGACUUCGCGAGCAACGCAGAGUUACAUCACUAUUACAGCACAUGUGUUAUCGAGUGAAUGGGAGAUGAAGAGUUACGUUUUACAAACAAGACUGCUAAGCGAAUCACACACUGGUGCAAACAUAGCAGAAGUGCUCAAAUCUGCAGUGAACGAGUGGGAGCUGGACAAGAUUAGCACGAAUAUCGCUGCUGUUACUGACAACGCAAGCAAUAUGCGAGUAGCAGUAAAUGAAGCCAAACUGUCUCCUCACAUAAGGUGCUUCGCGCACACGUUAAAUCUGGCCUCCCAAGCAGGUUUAAAGGUAAACGCUGUGAGCCGCCUCCUCGGAAGAGUUAGACGUGUGGCAAGUUUUUUUCAUCGCAGUUCUACAGCCACAGCUGUUCUGACCACCAAACAAAAACUACUAAAUCUCCCUGCGCACAAAUUGAUCAUUGAUGUCGUUACAAGAUGGAAUAGCUCACUUGACAUGGUGGAGCGCUACCUAGAACAACAACAAGCUGUUGCUGCAGCCCUUCUGAGUGAUGAACUGAGACAAAAGUCACGUGAAAUAGACACUUUGGACACUUCAGACAUUGCAAAUGCUGAAGAUCUAGUGAAGCUCCUUUCACCAAUAAAAAAAGCCACAACUGUGCUCUGUGAUGAGUCGCAACCAACAAUUUCUCUAAUUUCACCUCUAAAACAAAUGAUUCAAGAAAGCAUGGCCACAGAUAAACAUGACUCAAAUGUUAUUGCUCAGAUGAAGGCAGCCAUACUGAAGGAUCUCUCUGACAGAUACCAAGGAGAGGAUGAAAAGUUCUUGCAGGAAAGCAGUGCUUUGGAUCCACGCUUUCGGACCUUGCAACAUCUAGGCAGCAAAGAGAGGGAAGACGUCUUUGAAAGAAUAAAGUUAAAAGCAUCACAGAUGCAACAACAGAACCAGGACCAAGAUGUGCUGUCACAGAGCUCACAUUCACCAGAUCCGGCCAACAGCAAUGAGAGCUUCGUGCCACCUCCAAAGAAGCAUGCCCUUGAGGACCUCCUUGGUAGCUCCUUUGGCUGUAAUGACUCAGAAGUCACAGGUGGAAUUCAGGGAAAAGUACAGUGGGCACUGAGCAUUUUCCUGCGAGGCGAAGAGAUCUCCGGCUGUCCGUCAAAAUCUCUGCCAUAUCCACUCUACUACCUGUGGGUGAAGCCGCCACUCUAG